UCUCUUCCUUUCGCGCCGGUAGCUGGAGAGCCGUGCGUCCAUGUGCGCAUCGACUAGGAUUUCGUAGUUCGCCGUACCUACUGAAACCGAGCCAUAACAGAGUGUAGACAUGGAUCCCAACGCCCUGAUCGAGGCCCUUCGGGGAACUAUGGACCCGAACUUGCGGGAAGCUGCGGAGAGACAGCUAAACGAGGGUCACACCCAGGUGAACUUUCUGUCCACCCUACUGCAGGUCACCAUGUCCGAACAGCUUGACCUGCCCGUCAGACAAGCAGGUGUGAUCUACUUGAAAAACAUGGUGUCGCAGUACUGGAACGAGGGUGAGCCGGCAGCUGGAGACUCCUCUGCCAGUAACAUCCCUGAGGAGGACCGGCAGUUCAUCCGGGACAACAUCGUGGAGGCCAUCAUCCACUCGCCCGAGCGCAUCCGGGUGCAGCUGACCACGUGCAUCCACCACAUGAUCAAGCACGACUACCCCGGCAAGUGGACGGCCAUCGUGGACAAGAUCGGCUUCUACCUGCAGUCUGACAACAGCGCCGGCUGGCUGGGCAUCCUGCUCUGCCUGUACCAGCUGGUCAAGAACUACGAGUAUAAGAAGCCGGAUGAGCGCAGCCCCCUAGUGGCCGCAAUGCAGAUCUUCAUGCCCAUGUUGAAGGACCGCUUCAUACAGCUGCUGCCAGACGCAUCCAGCGACUCUGUGCUAAUACAGAAACAAAUCUUUAAGAUCCUCUACGCACUCUUCCAGUAUAACCUGCCACUGGAGCUGAUUAAUCGGCAGAACUUGACAGAGUGGAUGGAGAUCCUGAAGACGGUGGUGGACAGAGAUGUGCCCCAGGAGACUCUCCAGGUGGAUGAGGACGACCGGCCGGAGCUGCCGUGGUGGAAGUGUAAGAAGUGGGCUCUGCACAUCCUGGCCCGGCUCUUUGAGAGGUACGGUAGUCCGGGCAACACCACCAAAGAGUACAAUGAGUUUGCUGAGCUCUUCCUCAAGGGCUAUGCCGUCUCCGCCCAACAGGUGCUGCUGAAGGUGCUGUAUCAGUUCAAAGAGAAGCAGUAUGUGGCCCCCCGGGUCCUGCAGCAGGCCCUCAACUACAUCAACCAGGGCAUCGGCCACGCGCUCACCUGGAGGAACCUGAAGCUGCACAUCCAGGGGAUCAUUCAGGACGUGGUGUUCCCGCUCAUGUGCUACACAGACAGCGAUGAGGAGCUGUGGCAGGAGGACCCUUACGAGUACAUCCGCAUGAAGUUCGACGUGUUCGAGGACUUCAUCUCCCCCACCACAGCUGCUCAGACGCUGCUCUUCACUUCCUGCAACAAGAGGAAAGAGGUGCUUCAAAAGACCAUGGGCUUCUGCUAUCAGAUCCUAACGGACCCCGCGGCGGACCCUCGCAAGAAGGACGGGGCCCUCCACAUGAUCGGCUCCCUGGCGGAAAUCCUGCUCAAGAAGAAGAUCUACAAAGAGCAGAUGGAGUUCAUGCUGCAGAACCACGUGUUCCCACUCUUCCGCAGCGAGCUGGGCUACAUGCGGGCUCGGGCCUGCUGGGUCCUGCACUACUUCUGCGAGGUCAAGUUCAAGAGCGACCAGAACCUGCAGACGGCCCUGGAGCUGACCCGACUCUGCCUCAUCAACGACAACGAGAUGCCUGUCAAAGUGGAGGCCGCCAUCGCCCUGCAAGUGCUCAUCAGCAACCAGGAGAAAGCCAAGGAGUACAUCACUCCCUUUAUACGGCCGGUGAUGCAAGCGCUGCUCCACAUCGUCCGGGAAACCGAGAACGAUGACCUCACCAACGUUAUCCAGAAGAUGAUCUGCGAAUACAGCGAGGAGGUCACACCCAUUGCUGUGGAGAUGACCCAGCACCUAGCCAUGACCUUUAACCAGGUGAUCCAGACCGGGCCAGAUGAGGAGGGGGGUGAUGACAAGGCCGUGACAGCGAUGGGCAUCCUCAACACCAUCGACACACUGCUCAGUGUGGUGGAGGACCACAAAGAGAUCACCCAGCAGCUGGAGGGCAUCUGUCUGCAGGUCAUCGGCACUGUGUUGCAGCAGCACGUUCUGGAGUUUUACGAGGAGAUCCUCUCUCUGGCGCACAGCCUGACGUGCCAGCAGGUCUCCCCGCAGAUGUGGCAGCUCCUCCCACUGGUCUUUGAGGUGUUCCAGCAGGACGGCUUCGACUACUUCACUGACAUGAUGCCCCUCCUGCACAACUACGUCACAGUAGAUACCGACACGCUCUUGUCCGACACCAAAUACCUGGAGAUGAUCUACAGCAUGUGCAAGAAGGUGCUGACAGGGGAUCCAGGGGAAGACCCAGAGUGCCAUGCGGCAAAACUACUUGAGGUCAUCAUCCUGCAAUGCAAAGGCCGUGGCAUUGACCAGGUGGUGCCGCUCUUUGUGGCUUUGGCACUCGAGCGGUUAACGCGGGAGGUGAAGACGAGCGAGCUGCGGACCAUGUGCCUUCAGGUGGCCAUCGCUGCGCUGUACUACAGCCCCGCCCUCCUGCUCAACACGCUGGAGAACCUGCGCUUCCCCAACAACACCGAGCCAAUCACCAACCACUUCAUCACACAGUGGCUCAAGGACGUCGACUGCUUCCUUGGGCUGCAUGACAGGAAGAUGUGUGUGUUGGGCCUAUGUGCGCUCAUAGAUCUGGAGCAGCGGCCGCAGGCUGUGACCCAGGCUGCCAGCCAGCUGCUGCCUGCCACCAUCUUGCUCUUCAAUGGCCUUAAGAGAGCGUAUGCCUGCCGCGCCGAGCACGAGAACGACGAAGACGACGAUGACGAGGACGGGGAGGAAGAUGAUGAGAAUGCCGAGCUGGGCAGUGAUGAAGAUGAUAUCGAUGAGGAGGGGCAGGAGUACCUGGAGAUGCUGGCCAAGCAGGCAGGUGAGGAUGGUGAUGAUGAAGACUGGGAGGAGGACGAUGCUGAGGAGACUGCCCUGGAGGGAUACACCACCUCUGUGGAUGAUGAAGACAACCUCGUAGAUGAAUACCAGAUCUUCAAAGUCAUCCUGCAGAAUAUCCAGACACGUGACCCAGCCUGGUACCAGGCGCUCACACAGAGUCUAGACGAAGAGCAAGGAAAACACCUUCAUGACAUUGGCACACUGGCAGACCAGAGACGGGCUGCUCAUGAGUCAAAGAUGAUUGAAAAACAUGGUGGAUACAAGUUCACAGCUCCAGUGGUGCCAUCAAACUUCAAUUUUGGAGGAAAUGCUCCAGGACUGAACUGAGUUGCCCUCUCCCCUUUCUAACUCUGUGACUGAUUGUAGUGAAGUGAAAAGGCUUGUGUUGUUCCCUCCAAUAGUGGUUCCAGAAACUGGUUCUUCUCUCUCACCCUUCACCCUGACUGUAUCAAACUGGACAUAGCACAGAAGAGGUGGGGAAGGCAACCAAAUGCUUGGAACAGCAUCGUCUUAUGGAGUCCAAACUCUGGAGGAGACACCAUGAUGACAGCUUUUUUUUUUCUCCCAUAACAACAAUAUGGGGAUAAAACAAAUGAAUUGAUAUUGAAAAUGGGACUAAAUGUUUCAUCAGUCUCAUGGUAUAAGCUCAAAUGCCACUUGAAAUUCAUACUGGUGGCUGUAGUGUUUGUCUACAUUUUUGCAUCAACAAAUUCCUAUGUUUGUUAUGUACAUAAGCCAAGGUAGUCGAGUAGCCUGACAAAACAACCUUGGGCAUUUCAAAGGUAUAAGCAAGUGUAUUCAUAUGUAGCAUAUUGGAUACUUGUCAUAGCACUACACGAUGCCUGAUAUCUGUAAAUUGAUGACUAGCACUUUCUUAUUGUUCAGGUCACCUAGCCUUCUGUAUCAGACUGCAAAGUUUUUUUUUUUGUCGGUUUUUUUACAUCAUUUGAGACUAUUUGAAAAGGAAAAGGCUGUAAAAGUGUUACAUUGCAGGCAAAUUCUAGUUAUGACUGCUUAACACAUGUACUUGGUUACUGCAUUGAUUAAUCAGUGACAUCUCUGCUGCUAGAAAUGGCAACACUCUGGGCUCUGGGAAAAGUAAUGCUGUUGGUCUGCAGUUUAGAUACAAAAAAAUUGUAAGCACUGAGAGUCAGGUUGAUUACUUAAUUGAAGCAUGUACAAUUGGACUUGAUCACAAAGCUCUCAAGUAUUUGGUUGGUGUAUGGAUGGACUAUCUAUAUAUACAACAGUAUAUUAAAAAAAAAAAGUUUGGAUACAUGUGAAGAGGUGGUAAGCUCUGCAGUAUUAUACAUGUGAACUGUUCAGUUCCAGAAUGGAGGGUGAGGCACAUUCACUUUGGAAGGUCGAGCCAAGGUUCACAGAAUAGCUUUUGGAAGUUUUUGUGUUAACGUAUCGUUCAACAUAAGACAAAAUUAAAAUAAAUACCUGUGUAGGUGUA